AUGAAUAUAUUUUUAAUAUUAAUCGUAAAUUUCUAUGUUAUUAAUUUAUCUUUAUGUCAAUCAAAUACCAAUACUGGUGGUAAUAAUGGAAAUACUGGUGUCAAUAAUGGUAAUACUGGAUCAACUGGUGGAAACCAAAUAGCAACAAAUAAUGGUGAUGGCACCCAGGGAUUUAAUCAGGGAUAUUCGUAUAACACAGGUAUCCGUCCCUAUCAAACUGGUUAUACCUAUUUCCAGCCAUUCGGUGAUGCGGCCAACGCUCAAAAUGCCAAUACAGGCGGCAUUCAAAAUGCUAAUACGGGCGGCACUCAAAACGCUAAUACAAAGCCUACUCAAGCGGCCCCACCCGUAGCUGCCGUGAACCCCGGAGGAUAUCAGCCGGGAGUUAAUGUGUUUUCAAAUGGUAAUCAACCCAACCCGAUUCAACAAUUCCAAAAUGUUCCAGGUAUUGUUCACUUUGGACAGGGAGUGCCACCACCACAAAAUGUACAACAAAUACCUGUUCAAAUGCAACCGAUCCAAAUGGGAAAUAUAGAUUUAGAUUCAUUUGGUUUGGGAGGCAAUAAUAAUAAUAAUAAUAAUAAUAAUCGUCGACAAAACCAAAACAAUCAAAUACCUAACAUGGGUUCAGAUGGUUUUGGUAUGGAUUUUUUGGGCGUAUUUUUCCCGACAACUAAUUCAAAUAAUAAUGGAUACGACAAUCUUCCCGACGAUCAAAGUCUAGCAAACUUUGCAAACCUAGGCUCAGGUAAUAAUAAUAAUAAUCCGUCUAAUGAUUAUCAAGAUAAUGAUUUUGGAAAUUUGGGUGAUUUUGGAUCCGCCACACAAAAUAGGGGAACGUUUGACAUAUCACUUAUUGCUCUCUUUGCUGUUGCUUUUGUGUUGAUCGAGGCUAAUGGAUAUGGAUUAGGUUAUGGAGGUUUUGGAUCUCCUUAUGGAGGAAUGGGAUAUGGUCUCGGAUAUGGAGGUUACGGUGGUUACGGUGGUUACGGAGGCUAUGGAGGCUAUGGAGGAUAUGGAGGAUAUGGAGGAUAUGGAGGAUAUGGAGGGUAUGGAGGAUACGGAGGAUACGGAGGAUAUGGUGGCUAUGGUGGCUAUGGAAAGGGAUUGUACGGUAAAGGCUUUUAUGGUGGAUUUUAUCGAUAA